AUGUAUCUCCCUGAAAUCAGAGUCAUUCAAUUGGACUCCCCUAUAGAAAGCCUGGUUUGGACUAUUCGCCACCUUCGCAGAGGAGAAGCCUUUCCCAAGUCCCACGAAGAGGUAUCUAUCAAAAAGAUCACCAAAGAAGCAUACUUCAGGGCAGUGCGUAUUUGGGAAUUCAUGGCACCGUUCUUUGCUUCCAGGGGCUACCGUCUACACACGAAAGAUACGAAAUCGGACUACAUGUUUCCUGCUCCGCUUCCCAAACACCCAGAGACAACAUAUCCAUUUGCCCGACUUGUUCAUAAUAAACAUGACCGUUUCUUCUGGGGCUCUCCCACCAUAUGGGGUGCGCGAGAUCAAUUUGGAAGGGACGUGGUGAUAAAAAUGAUUUCUGAUCUGUCUUGUCCAUCACAAGAGCUACGGGCCUUGCAAAGGUUGAAUUCCAAAAACCUUCGCUCCGACCCUUAUAACCACUCCAUUCCCGUACUGGAUUUCUUAACAUUUGAUAAUCUGGUUUUUGUGGUUAUGCCCAGAUGGGAAGAUGCCUUCACCGCUGAAUUCGAGAUAGUGAUAGAAUUAAUGGAAAUCACUAAAGCCUUUCUUGAAAUGUUCGUCCUUCUUCACAAGAACAAAAUUGUGCAUUUGGAUUUUCUCUGCCAGAAUACGUCGAUGAACGUGAUCUUAGACGAUUAUGAAUUAUUAAAGACGAAAGGCUUGCGACGUCCUGGAGAAGUCAAAUAUGCACUCAUCGAUUUUGGAAACGCUGUGGUAUACCCCGAGGACACUGUAAUCAAAAACGUUGUUGCGACUCGCCCUCUCAACUAUUGGCUGCGCAGCCUCCCAGAGAUAGAAGGUCCAUACAAUCCAUUCAAAGCCGAUAUCGCCUUCUUGGGAUCACAGAUGGAAUACAAAGUCAGGCAUAUCGAAAAUAUUAUUCCUGAAAUUGGCCCAUUUUUUGACAAUUUAAAGGGUAUGAUGGACGACACACAAUUUACGGCGCUUCAGGCGUUGUCCCGUUUUCUGGAAAUCUACGAAAGCUUAACACCAGAACAGCUUCAAACACCUUUGGUGACCAAAGCCUGGAAAAAUGGUGAGCACCCGGUGGUUUCCUUGUUUCCUCAGUAUUUCUGA